UUGGUUACUUGGAGCGCGACAUUUUGUUACCCAUAAACUGCUUGCGAACCUACAAACUUCCAAUCUCACCCAUCCAAGUCCAAAUUUUGCGCGAAACACUCAUAUAGCAGUAGCCUGAACGGAUCUGUUCCGUUCUAGAAAAACACAGCGUGUACCCUAGGUGAACAGAGUCAUUGGACUCAUUGAUCAGUGAAUUACACUCUAUCAACAGAAUGGAGUCCAUCGUGAUCCAAAAUUCGACAAACAUGGGAAAACAGAACGAUUUUAGCACGUCCUCAACUAGCCGUGGUCAAAAGGACAGAGAGGUGGAUGUUCCAACACUCGACAACAACAUGAAUUCUUCUGCUCGUCAAACGACUUCUCUGUCAGCGAACAGUUUGCAUAAAAAACGAAUGUCCCAGGACUUUUUAGAGCCCCCGAACUCGAAGCGUUUUGAGGCUACAUCACUUGUGGAGCAAGAAACAAAAACAAUGAAUCGUGAAAUUACAAUGGCAGGUGAUGGUGCUGCCUCGGAGGCAGAGACAGUCAUGAUUCCAGAAGGUGUUCAUGAUGAGCCUGCUUUAAACUCAUCAACUUCUGAACAACGAUCUCGCAUAUCUGUAAAGGAAGAGGAUACCGACGAAAAAAUGACUACUGCGGAAAGCGCUACAGACACGCAGGAUACGAUACCGAAGGCUACAACGCCUUCAAUGGUUUCGACGAAGGGCCGUAAGCGGAAAAGACGCAAUGACAAACGGACACGACAACACACGUCUGCCGAAUCGGCUGCUUCGUCUGAUGAAGAAAAGAGUGCUACCGAUAGUAAGGUGGCUAACGACUCUCAUGAUGGGGAAGAUGAAAAAACUCAAAAGAGAAAGGAAGCGUUGGAUGCUUUAGUUGAACUUGAAAUGGAAUUCUCGAUUCUCCGACAACGCUUGUUCGGCAAAAAACUUGCCCGGCUGACGGAACAAGAACGAUUGAUUGAAAAAGACGUGCAUCCACGUUUGAAUGCAUGUAUGGAUUUUUUUCUGAAAAAACGCGACAAACGUCUCGACAUGGCGUCAAAGUUGUUAAAGUUUCAACUCUCUAGCAUUGACAAGUUUUUUGCUUUUGUUGUCCGACAACGUCAUUUUCAAUAUCGGCACGAUUUACGGAAACUUCGUCAGUUGUUACUGAACCAGACAUCCGCUCGAAUUUACCAGCUCCAGCGUGACAUGGGUCGCUCGCUCUCUCGAACGCCGUCCGCCAAUGCACCAAACCCAUAUCGGUGGUCAGCAGUUAUGUUCCGUCAACAGUCUGAACGGCAAGCUGCCAUGUUGUCUGAACUGAACAAUGCAGUUGGCUUUCCUGCGGCUGCUCAAUUGGAAGGUGUCUCGGCCGAGGAAGCCGCUAGUGAUUUGCGGGAACUAGGCAUUUCACUAACAACUGAUGGCUCUUAAACUUUUAUUAGCUUACUCAAUCUCGUGCUCUUUUCACUCUUUUGUUGCAUUCGAGGUUCAUUCGUUUUCGACCGUUUCCCCUUGUCCAGUACAACGUCGACACAGAGUUGCAUCAAUCCACCCCUCUACUUAAAGUUCACCAUGUUUCUGUUCAGUUAGCACACUACAGUUGCUAUUUCCAGCUUGUUUCAUUACUUAGUGCUUUUCAUGCUCCUUCUCCCUGUGAUGCUGUUUUGGACAGACCUGACACAUGUGAGUUGCCUGUUUCUCUCCGCAAUCCUUCUUCCUUCUCGCUUCUUUAUAUUCCACCUCACUUCUUUUUUUUUUAUUUCCUGCAUUUUUGGUUUACGGUCGUUUGUUAAAAUUUGCGUUUUUACAGUUUGUCAUACUUGAUCCCUGCGUCAAUUUCUGUCCGAUGUUUAACAACAUCUACCCUCCCGUGUCCCUUGUGUUCAUACCUUUUUUGAACUGCACUCUCUGCCACUCCACGUUGUUCGUUUCCGGCGCAAUGAUUAUAGCACUCGUGAAGAAGAACAUGUCAUUGACGAUGUGUGGACAGUACGGCCAAAAGAUAUUAUUUACUACUACUACACUUUUGUUUGGUUAACCCGCAAGGAAGUCUUUCUAAACUUUUCUUCAUAAUUUAAUGAAUGUGUAAACUAUUAACAUAUAUAAUCCUUCCUUCUUCCA